AGAGACAGAUUGAAAUGGGGAGGAGUCUCAUACACUGAGUUCAGCUUAGGACAGACUGAAGGACAAACAAGCAGGAAGGAGAAUUCGUCAGAAAAAUAAGGGGACAGUAAAGCUUUUUGAAUAUUGCCUACCUGCUGAACAAUGUCUCUGUCUCCAGCCGCCCUGGCCGCUCGGCGAGUGUUUGCUGCUGCGUCGCAUUCAGGCGAAGGAGGAGCAAAGACCUGGAGGAUACUGACCUUCAUUUUGGCCAUACCUGGCGUUGGUGUCUGCAUGGCCAACGCCUACUUGAAGAUGCAGGCACACUCGCAUGAACAACCAGAAUUUGUGCCUUAUCCUCACCUGCGUAUCCGCACUAAGAAAUUUCCCUGGGGUGAUGGAAACCACUCUCUGUUCCACAAUGCCCACACCAACCCUCUUCCAGCCGGCUAUGAGAGCUCCCAUCACUGAGAGGAUCAGUCAUAUUUCUCAACUAUGCUUCUAACUCCAGUCUGCAGAGUACUUGGCUUAAUUACACUGGCCGAGGGGCCAAACAGCAGCGCAGUGAAACAGUGCACCCAGACAGGAAUAAAAUCACUUUGUGCUGAAUUACA